AUAUUCCUUAGUUCAGAAUUGAAUUCUAAAGAUUGGAGAGUUGCUAAGCCUGCAAGAAGUGGUCAGAUGACUUCAGCUGUGAGCUGUAACCUCAGAGGAAGGAUGGACAAAGACGAGAAUGGCAGGACAUGGGGAUGGAGUGAGAGACCAUAUCAGAGCACAUCAUGGGGAGGGUCUACAUCAGCAUGAAGAGGUUUGACUUGGUUUAGCAGCCUCUGAGUAGCCAGUGCAUGCUCUUAUCAGAGACUCAGAACCUGUACAGUUGGAGCUAUUUUUUGGAAGGCCAAUUUGAAAAUUGUAAAUGAUCACAGGCUCAGCAGGAGGAAUAGUGUAAACAGAACUUAAUUCCUACAGCAGCCAACAAAGCACCUUAUAAAAUGUAACAUCUGUGCCAGUAGAAAUAGUGUAGCUGUGGUAUGCCGGCUACCCAAGUCUCAUCCAAAGUGUUUUGCUAAAUUUUACGCAAAUAAUUAUAAGCGGGUCAUUGAUAAAUGAUAUAGUACAUUCGAAGGAGAAGAACAAUUCUCAAAACCAUACUAAAUCAUCAAGGAAUUAUUGAGGAAGAUGUUGAUUUCAAUUGAAGAGUUUUAUGGAUGUGAUGGGGUCAUUGUGUCUGCCUUAAACAUUCAAAGCAUUUUUAUGAGCAGAAGGGAUUAGACUUACUCUUUGCCACUACAGUAAGAAGCAGUUUGUCCCCAAUUCCUAAGUAUGUUAAAAGAGUGACAGUUGUGCAAAUGACUUGUCUUUCAAGAGGGAGGUGGGUUUAAAUGCCUGGUAAGGGUCUUGAUAGGUGUCUAAGGUUAUCUUGCCAUACUUCAUUAGAUGUCAGUGGAGAAAUAUAAUUUGAUUCAGUUUUGUAUUUUGUUCUCUUUAUGUAUCUGUGUGUGUGCAGAAAUCUCUACUUUCAUAGACUGUCUCAUGAAAAUAAACGAAUAUUUGGGGAGCACUGCUACACUUCUAAAGAAAGAAGAAAAGGAGAUGUGUAAUUUAUGCGGCAUGCAUGAUGAAUGUACCCCACUGCAGACAAUGUCCACCAUUCACGAUAUCAAAGCAGCAGACAUUGCUGCAAGAGGGCAACAAAAUGUCAUAGAAACAGCUACUGUUUCUCCCACAAAUGAAGAGCAAAGUCCUUAUACAAACCAGGUCCAGUUAAAAAAAAAUAAAGCACAUAUGAGUUCAGAAUCAGUGGGGGAAAAAAACAAUACCUCAUUGAAUGGAGAUGUAAUAGAGCGAGGGGAGUCACAGAACAAAAUGUUCCCUGAUAAUGAUGAAAAUGAAGACGAUGAACAAACAGUACACAUGACUGUUGAGAACAUAAAUGGCAACAGGGAAGAGAUGCAUGACAUAAUCCAGACAACAGAAAGACAAAUUCAAGAGACCUCAGAGAGCCAAAGAGAAGAUAUUACCACAUCCUCAGUAACACGUGAUAUCUCCAGCAAGUAUCAGAAUAAUCUUCUUUCCAAUGAUUCAGAGAGUCUAAAGCAAAAGAAUAACAUAAUGGAAAAGGAGUAUUUUGAUAUGCUGAGUAAUACCAGCCCCCAAGUGUCUUGUUACAUUACGGCACCAUCAUAUAUUCUACAACAUCUAGAAUGCCGGAUAGUUAACAGCAUGAGUUCUUUAAUAGUGAGCAAUAGUGAAGAGUUGGUCAGUAAUGUCAUCGCUGUUGAAUGUUCAGAUAUGGAAAAAAAAAUUCCAUUUCCAAUAUGCAUUGCAAUUCCAUUUACUGCACGUUACAGGGGAAAUUACAGAGACAUCAUGGUGAAAAUGUCUGACAUAAACCUUCAAUCAAGUUACCUAACCCCAAAUUCACUGGAAGGAAUGAGAGGAAGUUAUAAGGGGACCUGUGCUGAAGUGAAAGUGUACAAGUUGGGUAUCUUUUCUGUUGUGUCCUGUUUAAAGAAAGAGUCCUUCACUGUAACAAAGAAAGGCCUUACUCUUAAGCCAAGCAUGGAUUCCCGAGUGUCCUUAAAUUAUCCUCCAGGAGUUUUCAACUCACCAGUGCUGGUACAAUUAAAGGUUCAGCCAGUUGACCCAUCCUUGGUGGCAUAUCUAAAAACACAGCAAGAUACUUCUUACCCGGUAGUAUCCACAAGCCCUCUGAUCCAUGUUAAGCACCCAUCAAUACAUCCUUUCCAGAAGCCAGUCACUGUAUUCCUACCUUGUGCUCCACACCCUGAUAAAAAGACCCUUGGGUCUGAGAUAGAUCUUAAAAGAACAGCUAGUGCCACGACCAAUAGGAUCAUACCUUUAUACCUCAACCGGACAAAAAGCGCUUCGCUAAGAAAACCUGGGAACAAUGCCUGUGAAUCUUUGAAACUACUGGGAUUCAGAAGCCGAGACAGUGAUUGGUUUGGUCUGGAUGAUGUGGUGGUGAGAAACAUACAGAGUGGCUUGGUAGCAUUUGAACUGUGUGAACAUUUAGAGAGGUUUGUUGUGCUUCAUCUUUCUUCCAAUGUAGAAAACAGCCAUUUGGUUUCUUUUGUGAAAGCUCUGGAGGAAGCCAUGCUCAGCACCACUGCUUGUGCUGUACUGUGCCACCAGAAAGACAACCCCCGGAGAGUAGUUAUCCUUGUGGUGCCCUCUAAAGAUUUAAGCCAGGUGCUUCGGGGCUUGCGUUUGGAAGCGUUCAGUGGUCCCCCGGAGCCAUCGCGUCCCUUCCAAGUAAAAGAAGGAGACCAGCUUCUUUUAAGAUUUACUGGAAAUAUCUUUGCUUCAAGCAAUGGGAAGGAUUAUGAAAAAGAUUUCAAGCUUAUAUUUCAUUUACAAAGAAAACCCAGGCUGGAACUCCAGAUCAAAGAGGUGGAUGAAUUUGGAAACUAUAGCUGCCCUCAUUAUAAAGGCACCAUUGUAAUUUAUAAAAUACCUAAAGAAAAAGUAGUCCACAACUUGGAUCAAUCUCUUAUACUUGAUGAAAACCAUCAUCAUUUGCCAAUUUGCAAAUUACCAUUGAAAUUGCCAAAGGUGGAAGGAAGUGGUGUGUGCGUCUGUGUGCUUCUGAAGUCGCGUCACAUAGGUGACUUCCAUUUGAUUAUUUGCACUAUGUUGAGCUGUGACUGCCUUUUAGUCUUCCUGUCUGCUUAGAAGUUUUGCUCUGAAGGAGAGAAGGGUUCUGGGUCUGGUGGCUCUUUCUGUGGGAUUCUGUCGGGGGGCCCCUCUUUCCCAGCUGUACCUAACCUACAUAUUUACGUAAGCCAUCUGGUGACCCACGCUUUGCUUAGCCUGAACUUCCUCUUUUUUUUUUUUUUUUAAGUUUUUUUAAACGACAUGUGAUUUCUAGUAAAUAAUGGUACUGCUUCAACACUUACUUUCACCACAUGUAAAUGAGUUAAUAUGCUUUGUCAAAGGGAGGAAGCAGGCAGAGGCUGCUACACGAUUUACUCCACAAUCACCACCUUCUCACCACUUUGGACUUCCAGGGUCAUCUCCCUGCCCUGUCAGGAAGGACUAUUUUUCAUACGAUUUUUUUAAUCUAAGAAUAUGAAAUAUUAUAAAGAACAAUCUCAACUCUGUAAAUGAGAAGACCCAGAGCUAUAGAAAAUUUUUACAUUCAUGGGCUCUUCAGUUCUACUUAGGUUUUUUAGUUGUAAUAAUCUACAAAGUUCUUUUGUCUUUAAUUUUUGUCUUUAUUUUUUUUAUUUUUUAUAAACAUAUAUUUUUAUCCCCAGGGGUACAGGUCUGUGAAUCCCUACAAAGUUAUUUUGAAGUUCAAGAAUGACAUGGAACUUCAUAUCCCAUUGCUAGCUAUGACGAAGCAGAUUUUACCAGGUGUAUACUUUCCAAAUAAAACUGGAUAAGAGAAAUCAGGGUUUUGUUGGCUUGUGUGUGUCUGUGUGUGUUAGAUGGGGGGGGCGGUGGAGGGGAGCCAUUAUGAACCUCAUGGUAAUUAUGGAAUUUUUGGUAACUUAGUUUUGUGCCUUUCCUCAUAGAGUUAACUGUAAUAAUAUACAUGUUGCUUUGUGCUCCCUCCUUAUCAAUUAUAGAAGAAAGUCACUAAAAUCUUGGUAAGUAGAGAUAUCAUGUCAAUUUUUUAAAAUUUAUUUUUAUUUGUUUAACCUGUGAAAAUUUUACCAAGCCUUUGCUCUCCUUGGCUCUUCCUUGACCUGCCUUCCGUUCCUCCAAUCUUACCUUCCUCUAAGCCAUCAGAAGGACCUUCAAAGACAGCCGUGACCAUGUCACUGAAAAAUCUACUUUUUAUUGUCUAUGAGAUGCUUAAGGAAGAAAACGAUCAAAACUGCUUUAGUCAGAAGCAGAACCUUUUUUUAGAAGGGGGUUGCCCCACCAAUUUAAUCAGAAGAGAACCUUUCCCUUCUCUGGCUCUUCUCCUUCUUCUUUAUCCUUUCUUUUUCCUUUUCAUACCCCUCCUUCCUCCUUCUCCCCCUCUUCCCCAUCUCUUCCCCCUCCUGCUUCUCCGUUCCUUCUCUCCCCUUCUCUUCACCCCCCCUUCCUUCACUGUUUAUACAAAGGAAGAUUUUCUCUGCUCAGCGGGCAGAAUAACUCAACCAGAAAUUGUGCUGCAAAUUGUCCUGUGGAUUUCAAGAAUUCUUCUACAAAGGAAACACGUAAAUCUUCCCUCACUGAGUAAAUUUUAACAAAAAAGUAAUUGACAUGUUUACAUGUAUUCUCCUAAUAUUUAGUAAGU